GGCGCGGCCAGAGCGGCCGUGGUGACGGGCGCGUCUAUUGCGAGGCGCGUGGUAGUGAUGGCGGCGCUCAGUGAGACUUUCCCGUCACUGGAUACUACUACUCCCAGCCCUCCUCUAAGCCGCCGGAGCAACCCCCUGGUCUUUAGUUUACAAGUGGCAAUUUGCCUCGCUCUGCUGCAUGUCUGGAGGGACCGUGGAAAGUGUGGAGACGCCCCGGGGAUCAAGCGAUCGCAGCUUAAAAAGAAAAAAAGCCAAACCAAUAAACAAAACCCGCCCACCCUAACAAACAUGAGGCUGCUGGAGAGAAUGAGGAAAGAAUGGUUCAUGAUCGGAAUAGUGCUGGCGAUCGCCGGAGCUAAACUGGAGCCAUCCGUAGGGGUGAAAGGGGGACCACUGAAGCCAGAAAUAACUGUCUCCUACAUUGCUGUUGCGACGAUAUUCUUUAAUAGUGGACUAUCAUUAAAAACAGAGGAGCUGACCAGUGCUUUGGUGCAUAUAAAACUGCACCUUUUCAUUCAGAUCUUUACACUUGCAUUCUUCCCAGCAACAAUAUGGCUUUUUCUUCAGCUUUUAUCAAUCACACCCAUCAAUGAAUGGCUUUUAAAAGGUUUGCAGACAGUAGGUUGCAUGCCUCCCCCUGUGUCUUCUGCAGUGAUUUUAACCAAGGCAGUUGGUGGAAAUGAGGCAGCUGCAAUAUUUAAUUCAGCCUUUGGAAGUUUUUUGGGCAUCAUUAUAACACCCCUGCUACUGCUGCUUUUUCUUGGCUCGUCCUCUUCUGUGCCUUUCACAUCUAUUUUUUCUCAGCUUUUUAUGACUGUUGUGGUUCCUCUCAUUAUUGGACAGAUUGUCCGAAGAUACAUCAAGGAUUGGCUUGAGAGAAAGAAACCACCUUUUGGUGCUAUCAGCAGCAGUGUUCUCCUCAUGAUCAUCUACACAACCUUCUGUGACACAUUCUCUAACCCAAAUAUUGACCUGGAUAAAUUCAGCCUUAUUCUCAUACUGUUCAUAAUAUUUUCUAUUCAGCUGAGUUUUAUGGUUUUAACCUUCCUCUUUUCAACAAGGAAUAACUCGGGUUUCACACCAGCAGACACUGUGGCUAUCAUUUUCUGUUCUACACACAAGUCCCUCACACUGGGGAUUCCAAUGCUGAAGAUUGUGUUUGCAGGCCAUGAGCACCUCUCCCUGAUAUCCGUGCCCUUGCUCAUAUACCACCCAGUUCAGAUCCUUCUGGGAAGUGUGUUGGUGCCAACGAUAAAGUCUUGGAUGGUGUCGAGGCAAAAGGGAGUAAAGUUGACGAGGCCAACAGUAUAACAAAGGAGGCACCCUUUAUGCAGCGAUGUAUAUAUGUACAGGAUUGUACAUACCAACAGUUCUGAAGACUUGUACUUGUGAAUGUUGCUUCGAUGCAUAUUUUAUUUUUUUACACAAAAAUAUGAUAUAACAGUUUAAGUGCCUUAAAAUGUAUUUGACAGGAGCGUUAUUUCCAAAACCUACUUUGUUGGGUUACUGCCAGGGGUGGUACUGUAUUUUGGAGUGGUUUGAAUUUUUUUUUUUUUUUUACCGACACAGGAAACCGUGAUCGUGACAAAAAGCAGACAUGCUUUCCUCGUACCACCUUUGGUGCAGUACAACUCUAUACUAGUUACUGUGCUGUUUGAAAUGAGGUCACACCAUCAGGAAAAAUGCCCUUCUGAUGACAGUGAAAACUUCCAAAGUCUUAUUCAUGAAUACUUUGAUUUACUGUGUGAUUCUUUGUUUCUACAUCUGUGACAUGCCUCUUCCUUAUCAACUCAGCAGGGGUCAUAGAUUGAAUAGAUGCUGAAAGGCAUAAGUUAUCUGCAUUUCUUGACAUCGUUUUUUUUAGACAUUCCUUCAAAUAGUUUCCACACAGAAAUUCCUCAGUCCCAUUAUAAGAGAUUGUGGUGUUAUAUGUCUUAAAUUUAUUAUAAGCUGCUUCAAAGAAAGAGCCUGAUGUUUGAGUUAUAAGGAAGUGAAGUUUUGAGGUAAACUACAGGACUUAGUAUUCAGGAUUUUUAAAAUUAUAGUUCAUGCAUUUUCCCUUUAUCUGCCAUGAUUUCUUUCUUACCUGUUUUCCAGCAUACUUGCAAACUCGUAAGCACCAAAUGUGAGACAUAAAAACGUUACAGUUCGUUUGAGAACAGCAACAAUUAAUGAUGGAUUAUAUUCACAUUCCACAAUGGAGACCAAAAUUUUUUCUUGUUGCACAGAUGUCUGAGCACAAAUUGCCCCUUUUAGCCAGAAGCAGCCUGUUUCAUCCUUGAAUUAAACACACUUAAGGCACUUGAGACAAGUUAUUAAUGAAAAUUUCCUUGGCAGAUUUGACAAAUGUUUGCAGCAAUUUUUCAAAAUUAAAUCAUAUUGUUCUUAUGAAUAAAUAAAAAUAAAAAGGUCAUGGACACAAACAAAUGUUACAUAUACACAUUCUGUCUAACCAGAUGGGAAGAAAAAUGGGCACAGAAAAUGCAAAACCAUCCAUUCACCAAAAUAUCAAAUAAAAUGAGUCCCCAGUUGGGCACCAGCUUUCAAAGGAAUAUUCAACGUGUGCUUCUACUGUGGCUGGACAACCUUGCACUGGACCCAAAGAGAGAAUAAAGCGAUAUGUAGAAUUAGAGGACAAUUUUCCCGUUUCCUGCACAGCAUUCCGCACGGCCUUUCUUGAUUUGACAGACAGUAUUGGAAUCCUGGGUCACACUGAGGCUGACUCUGUCCUCAGCAGCUCUGUUGUUAUUUGGUCAGCGACAAAAAAAAAUCAUUCCUUAGGAACCUGCCAGGGUUAUCAGUAAUGUGAAUUUAUAUUAUUGUCACUACCAGGUCUCAUGUCGUGUUACUUCUGACCAUUUCAAUAUUACUGAACCUCAUAAAUUUCUUUUUUUUUAAAUUUUUUUUACUUUUUGUUUAUUUAUGAUAGUCACAGAGAUAGAGAGAGGCAAGGCAGAGACACAGGCAGAGGGAGAAGCAGGCUCCAUGCACCGGGAGCCCGACGUGGGAUUCGAACCCCGGGUCCCCAGGAUCGCGCCCUGGGCCAAAGGCAGGCGCUAAACCGCUGCGCCACCCAGGGAUCCCAAUGAACCUCAUAAAUUUCACAAGAGUUAUCCUCAGUGUAAAUUUUAGGGCUAGUGCCAGACUCUGCAAAAAUCUGUGAUGAACAGGCAGUUUGUCAAGAAUUUCACCUAUGUUUGAAAUUCCAGUAAUUUUGCUUGGUACUUUUGAUGCUCACAAAUGGAGCACAGAAAGGUUUUUUUCACAUUUUGUUCCUACAAGCUUCUUUGAAUUUCAGAGGAAAUGGGAUUAUUUGUCCAUCUGUCUGAGCUAUAAAAAUCUUUCUCCCUAGCAUUAGAAUACUGAAUUUUUUUCUCCCCAACUUAUCUACCUCUAUUGUCUAACACCUACAAUAGGUGUGAUUAUGGGAUAAGGUUCAACUGAAAAUGCUAUAACAUUUUAUUUUUUGCUUUAAAAGAUGUGUUUUGUUUCAAAUAUCUCUACAUAGUCAUUUUGGUGGCUUUAGUGAUACGCUUAUGCCUAUUUCUUUUUUUACACAAAUACUAUGGCAUAUUUUUCCAUAA